AGUUCCCGUACUUCAGAGCUAUUUCAACUCUUAUUGUCCUAUUGAACACGUCUGAAACUCACAUCCCACAUGCAACAYACUACUGAAUGAUAGUAGGCCACAGGCCGCAGCGCUCUAUUUAUGGCAGUAAAGAUGGUUGUCAUCUCUGAUGGAUUGUAAAGUUUCUGAGAGCGACAGCACAGUCAGCAGCUGGUCGGUAGAUGAAGGAAGCUGAUAAAAGCUAACAGCUAACAGCAACGGCCUUUAGUGGAGCAUUGACUGCAGUUUCUGAACYGGUUUUGAUCCGGUACUGUUUGGAUGUGGACCCGGACCAGGAGCAGUCAGUUGGGAUGUGAUGCAUUCACUGACUCAGACUGCUUUCAUCUCUUCAUUAUCAGAUUGACCGUCUUUCUUCRUCUGCUGUCUUGCGUUAACAACRGAAAAGUCAGAUAAAAUGUGGCAUGACUGCAGACGCUUUGAAAACAUAUGAAAUAAUUAUUUAACCUAUAAAUAAGUUUAGUUGAGCAAUGAUGCAACCUUCCUGGUUGAUUUCUGUUGCUAUGACCACAGAGUUGACGUUGCCUCUCUAAUGAAUGGACGUCUUCAUAAAACUGACAAAGCUGGAAGUCUGUCGCCACUCUGUCCAUUAAAUCAAGAGGAAGGAAGAAAACUCUGACUGAUGGAAAAUUUCACCUUCAACAGCUUCACUCUGCAGAUGGAAGGGAUAAAAGUGACUCCAACAUCGAUGUAUCCUCUCUUUUUCUUCUUCCUCUYCAUCUAUCUGUUCAUUAUGAUAUCUAAUGUGGGGAUUGUGAUCCUAAUUUGCAUGGACAGAAGCCUCCAUCAGCCCAUGUACCUGCUCUUCUGUAACCUGCCGUUUAACGAUAUUCUUGGUAACUCGUACAUGGUUCCCCGCCUGAUGUCGGAUAUCUUACUGCCGCCGGCUGAGCGCCUCAUCASUUACUAUGAGUGUGUUGUUCAGGCUUUCUGUUCUCACAUUUUUGGCACUGCUUCCCACACGGUGCUGAUGAUCAUGGCCUUCGACAGAUAUGUUGCCAUCUGUAAUCCUCUGCGUUACUCUGUGAUAAUGACCAGCAGGAUGGUGGUGAAGCUGACCGUCUCUGCCUGGGGGUCGGCCUUGGUUCUGGUCGGGAUUCUGCUGGGCCUGACUGUCCGUUUGAGCCGCUGCAGGACUCUGAUCACCAACCCGUACUGUGACAAUGCCUCGCUGUUCAAGCUGUCCUGUGAGAGCGUGGUGAUCAAUAACAUCUAUGGCCUGACCUUCACCGUGGUUCUGCUGACAGCCUCCAUCAGCAGCAUCGUCCUCACCUACGCCCGGAUCACCAUGGUUUGUCUGACCAGCAGGAACAAGUCUGUGAACAGCAAAGCCCUGAAGACCUGCAGCACACACCUCUUCAUCUACAUGAUCAUGUUUGUGUGUGGAAAGUUUCACAUUGUGGUCCAUCGCUUCCCUCAGUUCGUAGACCAAAGGAAACUGGUAGCCAUCUUGUUCCACAUCAUCCCCGGCAGCCUGAACCCCGUCAUCUAUGGAGCUCAGUCCAAAGAGAUCAAGAAACUCCUGUCGAGGUUGUUCCGGUCCAGACAAGUUCUGUCAUCGUGAUGAUGAAUAUCCAAACUCCAAAUCAAGUUCUCAUUCUGUUUUCAAACAUUUCUUACAUGUACUUUAUAUUUUCUGUAUUUGGAUGUUUUAAACAUCUGAUCCAGACAAAUAUUACAAUGUUCUGCUGUCAUUGCACCAAGCUGA